CACAUCUAAGCAUUCCAUUGUGAAUCGUUUCUACAAAGCGUUAUGUAUCAUAUUUGAAUGUGUGCAUGCAGCUAUUACUUCAGCUAUUGCGUUUAGUAAUGUGACGGGAGCGGGACGUAUACUCGACUGGCGAUCGGUGGUAAAUUUGUAAUUUAUGCUCAGUUGUAUAAAUUUAAAUAGCAGAUUUUUAAUAUAUUUAUUAAAAUACAGUUCUAGAUGAUUUUUAUCGAAAAACGUUAAAAGAACUUGUGUAAAAUCUGUAAUAACUCCUAAGCUUCUUUAAAAAAGCCAUGAACAUUAUUUGCGUAAAAGUGUAGUGAUUGAGUAAACUUUGAUUUUUCAUGAUUAGUACGGUAUAGAAUUGUGAUUAUUGGAUACUUUUGAUAUGUUAUUAAGUGACUGUUUCGCCGAAAUGUUCUGUGUUUUUACUUAUCAUAACCUCAAUCCAGAGGCUUUGUGAAUACGUCGAACUACAUUGCAUCGCUGAGUGCGGGGCUUCGCUUAUAACUAUAAUUUACCUGUUAUAUAUGAUUCAACGCGAGUAUCCAAUGAACAACGGGUUUAGUACAGGAGAAGAAGAUUCUAGAGGUAAUUCAGACCAAAUAUGUUGCCUUGUGGAUGACAGCGACCGAUGUAGGCGACCUGCUGGCAACGCAUCGUACAGCAAGCGCAUACAGAAAACAGUCGUUCAAAGAAGACUCAAACUAAACAUAGAUCCUCAGGCAAGGCACACAUACAUCUGUGAUUAUCACAAGACAAUGAUACAAUGUGCAAGGACAAAGCAAAGGAGGCCUAAAGACUCAGAGGAUGAUAGUCAUGAGGCAGAAAUGGAUUCCCCUGAAGUAGAUUGGGUCCAGUUACAAGUAAAUACUCUGAAAAGAUAUAAGAAACACUACAAAGUGCCGACAAAACCAGGAUUUAAUAAGACGCAGUUAGCUGAAGCUAUCCAGAAACACUUUAAAUCCUUGCCAGUAAAUGAAAAAGAAAUUGUGACAUAUUUUAUUUAUAUGGUUAAAACAAAUGGCAAUAAGUUAGACCAGAAAAAUGGUAUGAACUCAGACUCAGUGUAGUAAUAUGUGAUUUUAAUUUAUAAUGUGUAGUUUUUAAUUUAGAAAUAGAAUAUAGAUCCACGAUUUCUCUUCCUAGAUUUUCAAUCAACAUUUAAAAGAUUGUCAUCUGAAUAUUGUAUAGAUUUAAAAAUGAAAUUUAAAUAUAUAUAAUAAUAAUUAACAUAUAUUGUAACAAUAUAAAGAUUUAGCUAUCCUGUAUCCUGUCUACAGGCUUUUUUGUGUUGCUAAAACAUAAUAAAUGUACUUCAUUCUAGAUAUGAUUUUUUAUAAUUCCAAUUUUAAAAGGUAAACAACAAUGUUUAUUUCAAGAUGACAAUCCUAACAUAUGAAAUUAUUUAUGUAUUUACAACUGUCAUAAUCAAGAAUUAGUUAUUUAGGAGAUUACUCAUACAAAUCAGUAAACAUAUAGCCACUGA